AUGAAGUCAUGUCAAGCGUUUCAAGUGUGCCCAGAGCAGUGCCGGCACGCCUGUACAGACCAGGGCGAGUGCUGCCACAACCAGUGUCUGGGUCGCUGCCGGGAGCCUCACAGUGACAGGGCAUGCUCCGCCUGCCUGCACUACCAGCACGAGGGUCGCUGUGUGCCCCGCUGCCCGCCACACACCUACAUGUUCGAAGGCUGGAGAUGCAUCACUUUGGACAUGUGUGCUCAGGUCCAUCUGCAGGGAGAGAGCCACUUUGUGAUUCACGACGGCGAGUGCAUGUCCGACUGCCCCAAUGGCUUUACGCGCAACGACUCCAACCGAAUGCUGUGCAGUGCAUGUAACGGCCCGUGUGACAAGCUGUGUCCCUCUGCGGUCAUCGAUUCUGUGGACGCAGCACAGUCUCUCAAAGACUGCACUAUCAUCGAUGGAAACCUCGACAUCAACAUCCGCCAUGGCAACAACAUUGCAUCUGAGCUGGAGAGCUUCAUGGGGCUGAUCCAGACGGUGAUGGGCUACGUGAGGAUCCGACACUCGCACACGCUGGACUCACUGUCAUUCCUAAAGGGUCUGCGAUACAUCAGUGGACACGAGCUCCUGGACAACAUGUACGCCUUCUCCGCCAUCAACAACCUAAACCUGCAGACCCUGUGGAACUGGACCCACCACAAUCUGACCAUCCAGUCGGGACGUCUUUUCUUCCGCAUGAACCCCAAGCUGUGCAUGUCUGAGAUCCACACAAUGGUGGAGCGCACAGGCAUCUUGGUCAAGCAGGAGGAGGGUGACUUCCAUAACAACGGCCAGAGGGCAAGCUGUGAAAGCCACAUCUUGACGUUCAAGUCCAACCACACCACGAGUUCCACCAUUGGGCUGAGCUGGGAGCACUACAGGCCCCUGAACCACUCAGACCACGUCAGCUUCGUGGUCUACUAUAAAGAGGCCCCUUUCCAGAACAUCACUGAGUUUGACAACCUGGACGGCUGCGGCUCUGACAGCUGGAAGAUGGUGGACGUGGACCUCCCUGGGGACCAGAGCGCAGAGCCCAGAGUGACCCUGCAGCAGCUUAAACCCUGGACCCAGUACGCCAUCUUUGUGAAGGGCAUCACUCUGCAGGUGGACCGGCUACCAGAGGCCAAGAGCCACAUGGUCUACAUCCGCACGCGGCCCUCCGUGCCAUCAAUGCCCAAAAACACGAGAGCCUUUGCCAACUCCUCCACUAAGCUGAUGGUGAAGUGGUCCCCCCCAGCCCACCCCAACGGGAACCUCAGCUACUACUUGCUCCGCUGGCAGCAGCAGCCAGAGGACCGCGAGCUCUAUCUGCACAACUUCUGCUCCAAAGAACUAAAGGUCCCCAUUCGUGUCCCGGCAAACGGCCUGAACGAGCUGGAGGAGAACACCAAACCUACCACAUCUGAUGCUGCAGAGGGGGAGAAGGGGCCAUGCUGUGGAUGUCCCAAGACCCAGGAGGAGAAGGACCGCGAGAAGGCCAAUCGUGUCUUCCUAAAGGUUUUCGAGAACUUCCUCCAUAACGCCAUCUUCUUGCAACGACCUCCGGAUCGUCGGCGUAGGGACUUGUUUGGCGCAGAUAACGGCACACAGGCGAACAUGUCCGUAGUAGUCGGGGACAACAGUACAAUGGGAAUGCCUCCUGUCAGAGAGUUUCCCUUCUCGGAGGACAGAACCCGGGCGGAGCAGCUGGACAUCUUCCAGCUGCGGCCCUUUACAGUCUACCGCAUUGAUGUGCACGCAUGCAACGAAGAGGUGGGCCGCUGCAGUGCCUCCGACUUUGUGUUUGCCAGGACCAAACCAGCUGCGAAGGCCGAUGACAUCCCUGGCCGAGUGGAGGUGCAGAUGGACGACAAGGCAGAGGGAAGUGUCCUGCUUCACUGGCCUGAACCCGUCAUGCCCAACGGAGUGGUGCUCAUGUACGAGAUCAAGUACAAGCUGGGUUCCGAGGCCGAGAAGCCCGAGUGUGUGUCGCAGAAGCACUACCGCUUGCACUGGGGGGCCCGCCUCUCUCAGCUGGGCCCUGGGAACUACUCUGCCCGGGUACGAGCCAGGUCUCUGGCUGGAAACGGAUCAUGGACCGAGAAAGUCACCUUCUACGUGCCCCCACCCAAACGAGACAACACGGAGAAGCUGUAUCUGGUCAUCAUCCUGCCCAUCAUUGUGACGCUGAUCAUUGCUGCUAUCAUCACGGGACUCUUCUACAUGAGCAAGAAGAGGAGCAGUGACCGCCUGGGCAAUGGUGUGCUGUAUGCCUCUGUGAACCCCGAGUAUUUCAGUGCAGCUGAGAUGUACAUGCCAGACGAGUGGGAGGUGGCCCGGGAGAAGAUCAGCAUGCACCGCGAGCUGGGCCAGGGUUCCUUUGGCAUGGUGUACGAAGGGACAGCCAAGGGUGUGGUCAAGGAUGAGCCCGAGACCCGAGUGGCCAUCAAGACGGUCAACGAGGUGGCCAGCAUGAGGGAACGCAUCGAGUUCCUGAAUGAAGCCUCGGUCAUGAAAGAGUUCAACUGUCACCAUGUGGUGCGGCUGCUGGGCGUGGUCUCACAAGGACAACCUACUCUGGUCAUCAUGGAGCUUAUGACCCGCGGAGACCUCAAGAGCCACCUGCGCUCGCUGCGGAAGCCCAACUCCACUACACAAGUGCUGCCUCCUAUGAAGAAGAUGAUCCAGAUGACGGGGGAAAUCGCGGACGGCAUGGCAUAUCUGAAUGCCAACAAGUUUGUGCACCGCGACCUGGCAGCGCGCAACUGCAUGGUGGCUGAAGACUUCACGGUCAAGAUCGGAGAUUUUGGCAUGACAAGGGACAUCUAUGAGACGGACUAUUAUCGUAAGGGUGGGAAGGGCCUGCUGCCAGUGCGCUGGAUGUCCCCAGAGUCUCUCAAGGACGGAGUCUUCACCACCAUGUCGGAUGUGUGGUCCUUUGGCGUGGUUUUGUGGGAGAUCUCCACGUUAGCGGAGCAGCCAUACCAGGGCAUGUCCAACGAGCAAGUGUUGCGCUUCGUCAUGGAGGGAGGUCUGCUGGACAAGCCCGAUAACUGUCCCGACAUGUUGUUCGAGCUGAUGCGCAUGUGCUGGCAGUACAACCCCAAGAUGCGGCCGUCCUUCUUGGAGAUCAUUAGCAGCAUCCGCGGUGAGAUGGAGGCACCCUUCAGUGAUGUCAGCUUCUUCUACAGUGAUGACAACAAACCGGCGGACACAGAGGGGUUGGAGCCUGUGGAGGCAUUGGAGAACAUCCCCUUGGACCCGGCUUCCACGUCGCUUCGCCAGCCCACGCCCUCGCCCAGCCCUCAGCACAGCCCAACGCCCUCUACACCCGACACACUCUCAAGGGCGUCCGCUAAUGGGCCGGCACUGGUACUGCAGGCGCACAUUGACUCGCUGCAGCCAUACGCGCACAUGAAUGGAGGCCGUAAGAAUGAACGUGCACUGCCCCUGCCCCAGUCCUCAGCCUGCUGA